AAACAAACCCCCGGCUCGAGCGGGCGGAUAGUGGCGGUUGCUCUGGGAGAGGGGGGGGGAAAAAAAGAGGUGUCGAGGCCGAGACCGGACAGACGGAGCUGCGACACUGGCCGCGCAGUAAGCAGCGGGGGCUUGUAAUUUAACGGUACUCGAGACAAGGGUAUUGAACACAAGGAGAACAAAUAAUGGGUCUAAAAACCUUUACACACAAUUCUCCAGUCCAUGGUCAAGAGCUUCUUGGAAAAUUAAACAAACUUCGUAAUGAAGGACAUUUUUGUGAUGUUACAAUUCGAGUUCAGGAUAAGGUCUUCAGAGCCCACAAGGUGGUACUUGCUGCUUGCAGUGAAUUCUUCAGGGCAAAACUUAUAAAUCAAUCAGAUGCGGAUGAGUGCAUUUUAGAUUUGAAUCAUGUGACUGUUAGUGGGUUUUCGCCAUUGCUAGAAUAUGCAUACACUGCUACACUUGCCAUUAAUACUGAGAACAUUAUUGAUGUCUUGGCUGCUGCAAGCUAUAUGCAGAUGUUUCAUGUAGCAAAUACCUGUUCAGAGUUCAUGAAAUCAAGUAUUCUGUGGAAUACAAGUAGUAAUCCACCAGGAUCUGUUCCUCCAUUAUCUCAGGAGAAUAGUGGAGCUUGCAUCGUUCAGUCCCAUGAUGACAGCUUAUCACCAGUGUCGUCAGAAUGUAGUUCAGUUGAGAAGAAUAAGCCCAGGGAGUCUCGCCGAAAGCGAAAGAACUUCAUAAUGAUAUCGCCAGAGAGUCCUACUGAAUCUGCUGCUCAGCCCAACUGUUCACAAGUUUUAAACCCUUCAGUGACCUUUUCAGAUAGCAACAGGACCCAGCAGUGUGUAGACUCAUCUGUGUCAUUUCAGUGGACGUACCCAUUGGGAAGUGAUCGACGGACCCAAACUGAAAAAAGUAAACAAACAGAAAAUGCUAGGAUCUUGGAACAGACCGUUAACACAGAGGUAACAGGAAGACUACCUGAAUUCACUGCUUGUGAAAGCACAAAAGCAACAUCACCCCCUAUAAUAGAAGAUGAUGUACGGAUCAAAGUUGAAAGGUUGAGUGAUGAUGAGGGUCAUGAAGUGGUGUCACAACCUGUUAGUGCUUCUCAAAGUUCACUUAGUGACCAUCAAACUGUACCAGGAAGUGAACAAGUUCAGGAAGAUUUAUUGAUCAGCCCACAGUCUUCCUCUAUAGGUUCAGUAGAUGAAGGAGUUACAGAAGGUUUACCAACUCUUCAAGGCACUUCCAAUGCCAACAAUCACCCAGAUGAUGAUGAUAGAUUGGAGAGUGGACAGUACUCCUACCAGCUAUACAUCAACCCUUCCACAAGUGGCACAGAGAGACCCAGCCCAAACGGUCCUGAUAAACCUUUUCAGUGCCCCACAUGUGGUGCGAGAUUCACUCGUAUCCAGAACCUCAAACAGCACAUGCUUAUUCACUCAGGUAUAAAACCCUUCCAGUGUGACAGAUGUGGAAAAAAGUUCACAAGAGCGUAUUCCUUAAAGAUGCAUCGUCUCAAGCAUGAAGGCAAACGAUGUUUCCGAUGCCAGAUAUGUAGUGCAACAUUUACUUCAUUUGGGGAAUAUAAACACCAUAUGCGUGUUUCAAGGCACAUUAUUCGAAAACCAAGAAUCUAUGAGUGUAAAACAUGUGGUGCCAUGUUUACUAAUUCUGGAAACUUAAUUGUACACCUGAGGAGCCUGAAUCAUGAAGCAUCUGAACUGGCGUCCUACUUCCAGGGAAGGUAA